AUGGCUAGUACUAAGACACAGAAGUCGAUGAAUUCCAACGAGCAGGAUCGGCAUGCAGAUGGCAUCAGAAUUGGCGGACAGGAACGCGCGACAUUCGCAUCCAUCCUUGCAAUCGUUGAUUUGGACGCAAUAUCCAAGUUUGCUUCUACGGUGCGCCAGUCAGGCCACCUUUCCACAGCAACCAACCUCACGAGGAUAGUGGCCUCACUCGGCUUCACACCCUGCAAAGUAAACACAGCACCAUUCUCGGGAUCUUACAACAUUGUCUUUGCGAUCGAGUUUACUGAUGGCGUUUGCUGGAUGCUAAAAAUCCCCGCCAACGGCCAUAAUGAGCAGUUCGGUGAGCUUGCAAGCAAGGCUCUUAUAUCUGAAGCGCGCACUAUGCAAAUGAUCAAGAAAGCAACAACGAUUCUUAUUCCUGCUGUGUAUGCAUUUGACGGUUCUUUGGAUAACGAGUUGCAUGUGCCUUUCAUCUUAAUGGAGCGAAUCGAUGGGACACCUCUGUACAAAGGAUGGUUCAACGAAGACGGAAAACCAAAGGCUCAGCUCGAGAAAUUUCGGGCUAGAGCUUUACAGAGCCUUGCAGCGGCUAUGGCACAGCUUAAUCUGUUCAUGCUGGAUCAUGGAGGCUCGGUUGUAUUCGAUUCUGAUGGCAAAGCGGUCGGUGUUGGAGGAGCGAAGAUCGUUGAUGCGAAUGCCAUGUGGUAUUCAGAAGACGAAAACCCAAACAACAUCGACAUCUUCUGCGAGAAAGGACCAUUUGCUGAUCCAAAACCCGCUCUUCGUUUCAUGCUGGACCGUCGUCCAUCUAGACCUGAAGAUGACGCAUACCUCAAGGGUGUUGAUGCUUUACUGCGCAUGUUCGUCGAGUGGGCGUGCCAAAAGAAACCACACGGGCCCCGUUUUGUCUUGGCACACCCCGAUUUCGAUAUUCAGAAUAUCCUGGUUGCUGAAGAUGGAACGCUACGCGGUUUGAUUGACUGGGAUGGUGUUGCUGCAGUGCCGCGAGAGGUCGGCUGCGCCCAGUUUCCCAUUUGGCUGAUGCAUGACUGGAUAGAGACUCAAUAUGACUACGACGUUAGUGCGGGAAAGCCACGGGAAGAAGCUGGAUAUAAUGAGAGCUCACCUAACGAGCUUUCGUGCUACCGAGCGAUGUACGCGCAGUUUAUGGAACAGGAAAUUGCGCUCAACACUAAAGGGUCGGCACAUCUCACAGUCCACGGUACCACGCCCAAGGAAGAAGCUGAUGUGACUCGGCGGUCUCUGGUGAUGAAAAAUUUGGAAAUUGCUACGAAUACUCCUAUGGUUACCUCCGAUAUUGUUGACCAUAUGCUGGCCUUGAUUGUAGACCUCACAAAAUUGGACUGGGGGGAUGUACAGCCCGACUGUGACUCAUCCUUCUCAACCCAGAAUGAAAUAGAGACCGAGAUGAUAGAGCGCAAGCUGGGUAGUGCCACAGUGGAGUACGUUUCAGGCAGCAGCGGCAGCGGCACCGAGAGCAACAUCUGCAGCAAUAGUGAUAAAGACAGCACCGACACCAAAGCGACAGAGAUAGAUGAUGAGGACCAAGCCAUGGUAGCUAACGAUUCUACGAAUCAGUUCGAUGAUAAACCCGUCUACAUGGACGCUUUUGUAACCGAGCCCCCACUCCUGAGCAAAGUCGAAGCCCGAGAGCAGGGAACGGAACCCUCUGCUGAUACUUGUGGCGACAAACCAAGCUCAACUUCUCUGGGUUGGACGUGGAGACUGCUUCGACUCGGUUGCGAUAAGGCUGAAAUUUGCCUGAGAAGUAUUGCCAAGAUCGGCCAUGUUCAGAAUGCUUGA